AUGUUGUCUGCUAGUGUGAAGAGUAGUCAGAAGAAAAGUGUGACCAUGAUGACUUCUUGGGUUCAACCCUUGAAUCAAGUAAGGUACAAGAGAACGAAAACAAAAGGAAGUUCAGGGAUUACACCACAGACUCAAAGAAUUAUUACACAACUGAGUGUGAUGUCUGCACGUAAGAAACAACCAAAGAUGCUGAAACUAUCAAAAGAAGACUUAAUAAAACACCAAACUAUUCAAACUGCUUGGAAUACAUAUCAAGAUAUUUUACAAAAUGAACGUCAAACGAUGCUGAAAUUACAAUAUAAUAAAAUGGAUGAAGCUAUGACCGUGUUAAAACAAGUGGCUCCGAAAUUAUAUGCUGAUGCUAAUAUUAAUGAAUCAGGGAAAGUAUUUCCAAUGGAAAUGAGAAUACCAACAGAUUAUCCACCGAGAAAGUUAUGGUAUUAUGACUAUAAAAAGUAA